ACUUUCAAGUCGUCUGAAAUUAAAGAACUAUACGAAGAGCAGUAUAAAGGGGAGAAGUUGAUUAAGGUCGUCGGAGAUGUACCCGUUGUAAAAGAUAACGCUCAGAAACAUUUUGUCAAGAUUGGUGGAUUUGGUGUGGAUUCAACUGGAAAGAGAGUAGUUGUGAUUGCGACGAUAGACAAUUUGUUAAAGGGCGCUGCUACCCAGAAUAUCAAUCUUACCCUUGGAUAUGACGAAACCGCUGGAAUCCCUCUCGAAUAA